GGACGAGGUAAGGUUAUCUAUAGCUCUACGUACGCUCGUCGAUUUAUUUCAUCAGCUUUCCAUACUCGAGAGCUAUCAACAAUGGCGAUACAAAAUAAGAGUCUAGUGAAUGCAACGUCUUCGACUAACUCUAAUAGUAGCGGCCAGCCGACAUUCAUUAAUCAAUCAUCAAUUGAGCCCCAUGUAGUUGAAGACGACGAGGACGAUGCAAACGAUCCUGAGAUGGUGGAUCCGCAGGACACCAAAGCUAUCGGUUACUUACAGGGCAUUCAUGAUUUUCGAUUUGAAAGUCUAGACCGGUUGGUUCAGAACAACACCGCCAUAUCCGCGACUGCAACCAGGCCCGACAAGCCGUACAAUGAUUACCAGUCUCGAGAGUUGCAUAACGAGCACCAAAGAACCAUCUGGCAACGGAUACGAGAACAAGCCGAAGUAGAUGAUGAUAUACCCACUGCAUUAUUCUCGCCCCCGCGGACAUAUAUUGAAGUUCGCGUAUCGAAAUGGCCUGUCUCGGACCACUACUGCUGCCCCUGCGACAUCGAGGAGGACGAUUGUGAGGUCAUCCGAAUCCGCGCGCCGAAGGAGUCGCCGGAUGGGAUCACGAAAGAUAUGUUCAUUCGGGAGGUGAGCGAUGCAUUAUACCGACGAACUCCGGGAGAAGAUGGAGAUAGCGAGAGUAGCGGUUAUAGGAUAGGAGACGAAGACGAUAGGCCUGUUAUCGAACGCUUCGAUUAUAUGAUGCAAGGCGGCGAGGAUCCCGACGAUGCGGUUCAUAUUAUGGGACAUAUAUUCGCAUUGACGAAGGGCAUUAAGGGCCAUGCGGGGAGGUUUUCCCGUGGCUGCUGACACUCUAGCCCGGAAGUGGUUUGCGAUUAUGAGGUAGUUCCCACUAUAAUUUAGAUCUUGCUAUGUUGAUAGUUCAUAAGUUUAGAAUUCUUUCAAGAUUACUUUUUUUAAUCUCGAGGCUAUUCACGACUUUUUUUUGGCACGGCUAUUGAG